AACAUUGUUUUCUAGGGGGCUGGCGUAUUCUUCGAGUGAAAGUAGAUUACCAUAGUAACCCUAUACUAUAUUCCCGCAGAAAUUAGUGAGGUCAUAAGGUUAUUAGUUAAGAUAUACUAAAUAUUUUUUAUUUUUCUGGUAAAAUAUUUACUACUUCUCUCCUCCCUCCCCUUUUUCUCUCUAACCUCUCUCUAGAAGCGCAGCCCCUUUUUCCGGUCAGAUCUCGCCCCCUCCGGUCGCCGGUGUUCUAGCAUUGGUACUGGUUCCGUGAGGGUCCCUUCAUUUUCUUUCUUUCUUGUUCAUGGCCGGAGCUUCAUCUUGAGUUUUAGGGUCUUUCGCUGGCCUGAUGAGGUGGUGCUUGUUUGCUGUCGAAGUUUCCAGUUUGUCCAGGUGGUGGUUUUGCGGCGGUGGUCAUGCAUGUCCGGAUCUUUAGAGAACGAGAUCCGGUUCUAAGAUUCGUCUUGACUGCGCAGUCUCAAUCCCUUCCUUACGACCUCUUGGAGUUCUGAGUGUUCGACCGAUGGUGAAGGGGAAAGCGAUGAGUCGUUAUGGUGGGGAGGGCUUGUUGGUGCUUGAGCUGCUGGGAUCGAUGAGUAAGCUCAUGUUCGAGGACAAUGGGUGGGUCUUGAAAUGGAUCUCCGGCAGCGGCUGGAUUGUAUACUGAACAUAUUAGCCGGAUACCGAAGAGUAUGUUAGAUAUAAGUACAAUAUUAACCGGAUAUAAGUUAAACAAAUAGGAGAAAAUGUAUAAUGAAUAUAUUAGCCAGAUAUAGUUACAAUAUAAUCACUCUAUUGUUUUAUUUUCAGGUUAACAAACAGACCGGCGGAUAUAGUUACAAUAAUACUCGGCUAACUCCGAUGAUAGAAUUUAUGUUCAAUUAUAAUAAGUUUUUGCAAUGGGAUACUUUUCUAUUUGACUAUGUAAACUGAAAUAUAGCCGGCCAAGUACUAAGUUGGCUAUGUCUUGGGCAAUAUUUUAGUUGGCCAGCUACAAUAUGCUAGCUGGAUAUAUUAUUCAUCAUUAACAACAGUUCUAUAAGGGACAUGCUAUUAAUCAAAUUUAAUUGAUAACUCGUUGAUUAGAUUAUCAACCGUAAACAAAGAUGACUAUCUUCACAAAUUUAUAAGUGUAAGACAUGCAGUAGCUGUCAUUAGUGAUCCUAUACAUGGAUAACACAUUUUUUAGCCGGUUAUCCAUAAUAGUGACAAGUUACAAGUACACUUAUGGUUGUGUCCACAAUAGUUGUUUGGCAUGAUAUAAAGUUGAUUAACAACCAAAUACAUAUGGUUAAGCACCUACAAAUUAAUUUAACUUUGUGUUUUAAAAAAAUACAGCUGUUGACAUAAGCAAUAUAAUGAUGAUUGUCAUAAAAGACAUUCGAAAGUUUUAGCCCACAUUAUGUGUUUGCCUGACUCGAAGAAAGAGCUGGUCAAAUUGGUUUACAAGUUUUAGCUGACUACAUUUCACAUUGCCAUGAUAUAAAAUUGAUUAACAAGUUUCAGCUGAGAAUCUGGAAGAGGAGGCGGAAAUGGAACUGGUUCCAUGGGAGAUGAGAAUCUGGAAGUGUGAUUGGUUAAACCAGUUAAGAUCCGGGUAUGCCAAAGCUCACCGGCGGCGAACCAGACUUGUAAGCGAAGCUUCGGAGGCGGAAGCUUAUCGCUCCGCGCCUGAGUAGUCUCUGAUCUAACUUCCAUCUACCUCCCCGGAAGAUCCGCAGCUCCAUGUGAUAGAAUUCUCAGAAACCUAAAACUUUCUCGAUCUUGAGAAGGUUCCGAAGGAAAUGCAGAGAUGGAAUUGAAUUAGAUGACAAAGGCGAAAUGAAAUGCUCACGAAACAAAGCUUCUUCUCUCUUCCUUGGCAAUGUUCUUAUGAAUCUUGACUGAUUAUUUUUUCUUUAUUUUCCGUAUAAAUUCAAAAUUUUAUAAUAAUAAAAAAUUAUGAAACAAAGUGGUAACAGUGAGAAAAGUGAAUCUAUUUAUUGUUUUCCCCGAUGUAAAGAAGAAACUACAGAAAUAGAUAUAAGAAAUAUUUGGGCUACAUGAACUUAUGAUCAAAUAAAAAUAGGGGUAUAUUGGUCAUAGAAAUGUCGACAAAACCUAAGCAAAUCCAAAAUGUGUAUCCACCUAAUUAUGAUAUUUUGUUUGUGUGUAGAGUGCAAUUACUCUUUUUAUUAUUCAAACUACACGAAAUUUUCUUAUAGUUAAAUGUCAUUUUAUUUGCAGCGUUUAGUAGAAAAAUAAUAAUUAAAAAACCAUGGUGUCUCCAUUUCAUGGGUUCUUAUUAAUAAAAGUUUCUUAUAAUAUAAAUUAGUAACAGCAUAUAAAUAUUUUUAGUAGAAAAUGACAAAUUUGGAUUCUUUACCAAGAAAAAAAAUUUGAGUUAAUUUAGUGAUAAUUUUUUAAUUUUUUUUCCGACAGUGAAAUAUUAAUCAAUAAUUAUAGACAAAAGAAUUCACAUUUGAUUAGUCAAACAUUGGAAUCUCAAUUUAGUGAUAUUAUUAAAAAUGAUAUAAUUUAAUAAAGUAGAAAACCAAGAGCGGAUAUGGUAGAAGACACAUCACCCCUAGUUUUGACUUCACUACUCCGAGACUCCAACUAUAUAUAUAUAUAAGUAAAGACAAUUGUUUAGGAGAAACACAGUUUAGGAGAAACACACAGAAAACGAGAAAGAACGAGAAGAUUCGAUUUAGAAAAAGUAAUAAGAAUGUUGCUGGUGACGGUAUUGGCCGAGAUGUUGAAGGACUACACGGUGGUACUCGCCGGAGCUUUGGAGUAUCUCUUCUCUCAGGCGCCUUUUCCGAGGAGAAUUCGACUUCAUAUUUUAUAUUCUCUUCCUUUCCAUCGCUCCAGUUCCUCUCACCCUCUUCUCCUUCCUUCUCCUCCUCUUCCUUACACUCCUACUUUGUAACCCGGAAUCUUGAUGUGUGCUUUCUUUCUUUGACUUUAUGAUUUUUCUUUGAGUUGAGUUGUGUAAUGCAGAGCCUUCGUUGUAAAUAAGAUCUUUCCAAUUAAUGCAUCCUUUUGUUGAAACACACACAAAAGAAACAAGUUACAGAGCUUUGUUGGUAUCUCCUUUUCUUUCUUGAAUUGAUCUAUUAAAGAAGAUUUUUGUAUUGAAAACCUUUAUGAGAAGAAGACUGUCUUUUUGUUUGUUUGACGAGAAAAACUUAUUUAGUAGAGCUAAAUCAGAUACACUAAUCUACCUAGAAGGUCUCAAGCCCCGAGUUUGUUUUUUUGAAUCAGGAGAUCUUAAUCCUAAAGACUUGAAUUCGUCAUCAUUUUUUUUAUGUCAAAGCUCUACACGGCCCCGGUCCGCUUGGCUUAGUAUCUCGCACUAGUGAAGGAGGGAAAGUAGGGUCGAACCUUGGGAGUGCAUGAGAAUAUGAGAUGCUCGACUAAAUGGACUACCACUACCGCUCUAUCAGUUCGUCAGAACUUCAUCCAAAGAACCAGUAGGCGAAUUGGCAGAAGAGGAUAAAACCAUUACAUGAGACGCUGGAGCUUAAAUAGUAGAAUCAAGUCAACAAUCAACUGGAAAAAAGGGGAAAUGGACAUACGAAAUCUAGAUAGAAUAAAGAUCCAAAGAACCAUAAGACAAAAUAUCAGUUUGCUUUGGAGAUUGUUGAGUGUCCUGAUGGAUGACCUUAACAGAGGAAGCAUUCUGAAUAGCAAUGGAGAGAGAACCCAUCUUCUGACAUUAAGGGGGACCCAAAUGUAUGAAACAAUAAUAAGUACAAUAUCUCCAUUUUGCCUUUCAAUUUUCCCAUAUGUAUAGGUUUAGUUCAGCCAACUAUGACUUUUAUGAGUUACAUUUUCUGGAUAUAUGGAUAAAAAGAAAUAUCUUUUA